AUGCAUACAGCGACAAUAGACCAUGGGAUUGAGGAGAUUGUUCCCUCGGAGCAACGCGCGAUCGCCCUCCGAUUAGUAGAGCAGGUUUUUCGAAAAUACGAUGUAUCAACAUCAAGCCAGACGCGCGUGGUUGAUGCCAUCCCGGGCUCUAGUUCACCGAAUAGAGACCUCGAUGAAACGAGAUUGGUUCCCGUGGCAGAGCUUCUAGGUUUUGAAUUGCCGCCACGCGACAUUAUAGAUACACUAUUAACAGCGUACAUGGAGUCCAUGCAUUGGUAUCUCAAUAUCCUCGAUGCACCGUCGUUCUACAACAAGCUAGAGCCUAUCCUAGCCACCGGCCUCGCGCCUCGGUCUCAGAGACCCUUCAUUUUGAAAGCCCUCGUCGCAAUGAUCAUGGGGGCUCGUCUUUUGAGCGACGAAGUCAAGCAAGAGAAAUUCAGCACCUCUACCUUUUCCCUGACGGACCUCGUGUCAACACUCACAGCAGGCGUAGAAAGAUGGUAUUUUCCACUCAUGGAUUCUGUCACACCCGACACCGUGGCAUUCUCCUUCAUGAUGUCGGCCAAUUACCUUUUCAACCGCCAAAUAAGGUUUCUCUCCAUGUCCUAUGGAACCCCACCGAUAGUGACUGAGGAUAGCUGCUGCGUUCAACUUCCGGACGACCUGGAGGGAAACAUGCUUCAACAUCCGGGAUUUAAAUCGAUGGAGAAACGCGAGGAUGGAGAACUCUGUUCUGUGACUACGGGGUCGUACAACCGCUACAAGGCGAAAAUGUACAUGAUGGCCUCUUCCAUCAUGAAUCAAAUUUACUUCACACGGCACAACAAACCUGGAGAACUUGUCCGACUUAUUAAGGGUUUCUUCGAGAGAGUCCUAGAGUGGGAAAGGUCUGUCCCCCCAGAGCUACAGCUGGAAUCCCACAUGGAUUUCAUCCCGUCGGAGGGGGAGGAAGGUUUCAUACGGCAGGUUUUCGCCAUACAGGCUCUCACUCUCCGCAUCUCCUACGACAACCUCCUGAUAUUCCUAUUCAGACCACUUAUCACCAUUGGAAGCGUAUCUCAGGCCCUCCAACGAACGAGGGAGUCAUCACCGGCAUGCCUUGCGUCGAUUCUGGCCACAGGGGUUAGGCCUGAUAGAGUGCCUGACGCAUUCCUCCAGGUAGCAGAGACGCAAUGCUGGACAUCUGCCACCAGGACUUCGUUGGUUUUCCAACGUCCCAAUAUCCGAAACCUUUUUUCCUUUAGUUUCCCGGCCCUUCACGUGGGCAUUUACGCCUUCUCGGCCGGAGUCAUGUUGGCUCUCCUGGCACUGUCGUAUCCUCUGUCAACGCGCGGAGACGAGUGUAAGCGCGGCAUUGCCCGGAUCAUACAAUUCUCUCGAAGCGCUCAGCUGAAGCCGCAUAUGCGGAGCCAGAUGUCGGAGGUGCUAACUGACUUGAUGCACGCAAUCGCCUCCGAGGAGACCAAGGCGCUGAUUGCGUCACCGGAUGGCGUCAAGAGUGCUGCCGAAAGUUACAAGAAUCCUCAUGCGCAUGCACUUGAUCCCACUCCAGAAAUGUGCCCAGCUUCAAGUGGAGGAUCUCAGGCGCUUCACACGCCGACCUGUAUAACACCGGAAGCAACGCCGCCUGGCGAUAGCGAUCACGGAAAGAGCACAACAUCGGAAAAGGGGGAUGAACAACAACAACUCCAAGCCCAUGAACUAGACACGGGAUUAACCUUAGCAGCACCGCCAUGCCAAACAUCCCAUAUGCAUGAAAAUGAAAAUGGGCCCUCGGCUCCCCAUAUGGUGACAUGGGGAGUGCGAUGGACGUAUGGACCGCACCACACGCCGAAUGGUUAG